UGCUGAAUCAUUGUUCGGAAAAACAUCGAACCGGUGCCUAAAAGACUCCGUAUUUACGUUUAUAUACCAAGCGAUGUUGAUAACUUAAUGAUAUAUUGAUAGUUCCAUUAUCAGAGAUUAUACCGAGGCCUUUGACUUUGUUAUAUAUUGUUGUGAUGGUGUAAUUUGAUAGCUUUCUUGUGGAGGUUCCGCUGCGUUUAUUGUAUUGUUCGGGGAACCAUCUCGAAUGCAUGCGACCGAUGAAUCACUGUUCUAUUUUUAGAACUGAGGGAAUCCCCGUCUAGUGUACGUAAGCGCUUUGAACACCUACAGCAGUUCAGCUGAUCGCCAAAGUGUGUUUGUACGGCGUAAAUCGUUGGCUUUGAAUACCACACAAACAUUCCGAGGUUUUGAACUUGAUUUUGAUCACCGUCUACCGACGGUGUCAUCCGUUGCACGUCAACAGCGGUGUGCAGCUUGCAGGUGGCUGGUGAGGGGUACUCGUACCCUCCUUCAUUUGAUCUCGACAUCAAGUGCUCAAUUUCGCGAUUUUGCUCAAUAACAACAACAUGAGGAAAGGAGGAUUCGCUGACGGAAUCGUGCAGGUUGCAAUAUUGCUCAGCUUGCUGAGGACGGAUAUUAACAAUUAUUUCAACGCAAUCGACACUCCUGAAAUUACGGAAAUUAUUCUUGGACAAAGUCUUGCUUAUUCUCAAACGCAGUUUCACAGUCCUUCAUGGCACAGUCGAUACCAUGGCCAAAUAAUUUCACCCAAAGCAGUGGACAAUGAUUAUUUUGUGAAUUCUAUUAUGAGAGAUCUUCAGGCGCUCCAAGACAAUCGUCAUCAAAUACAUGCUCAUCAUAACACUCGCUUAGAUGCAUGGUUAGUUAGUGACAUAACUGAGAGGUCGGUUGCAGAAAGGGUCUCUGGUCCUGUUGGUGGUGGCACAGAGGCAAGCCAAGGGGCAUUGACUGGUGGAAAUGAUCAGCAUAAUUCAGAAUCAUCGGAAGGGCCUGCUGGAAUUCUGCAGCCAUCUACUUCAAGUUCGUUUGGCCAGGCAGAUGAUCUAACAAAGGAGGACAUGGAUCUGAUUGAAAUCCUUUGGCAGCAGGACAUUGACCUCGGCAUCAGCCGAAAUGCGUUUGAUGCGAAUCUGCGUGAGAAGAGUCAGGCGUAUGAGAUAGAGCAGCAUGAGAAGCCGGAGCUGGUGGAGAAACCGCUAGAUGACAGCCCACCCGCUGGAUUCUCGGUGGAUAGCGAGACUGGUGAAUGGAUCAGUGUUCCUGCCCUGCCCCAAAACCAAGAUGUUGCACCACUCCUCAUCAUUCCCAACACCUCAGAUGUGGAGAACAGUGUGGCACCACUCGAUGAAACGUUUGACAUUGAGGAGGCAAUGAAAAUCUUGGAGGCGCAGUUGGCCGAGCAAGCUGCCCUUGAUCCGGUGGAACCAGCCCAAACAUCAUUUGAACUCGGCGAAUCUGACAUCACCCCUGACCCAAUACCAGGUCCUCUCGUAGACGAGAUAGAAAACUUGAAUUCAAUGGUUGCGAAUAAUGCUCUAAAUUCCCUCCAAGAUGAACCGUUGGUCAAUGAGGGGAGGUUUUUGACAGAUGAUGUUGUGCCAAAUGAAAUAUCUCCUCCCGAUCCUUCUUUUGCUCGUCCGAUGUACGAGCCACACCACACACCACCCAUGUUCAGCCGGAUAAUGAGCAUGGAGCAGCGAUGGGAUGACCUGACCAGCAUUAUGUUAGACGAUGUCAGCCAAAUAAAUGAUACAGAGUUGUUUCGCCCAACAGGUUACCCCCUGGAACCAGAAAGCCCUGCCAGCAACCUGUUGCCCCAGUUCAACUCUUCACUGCCCACCUCUUCAAACGAUACAAACUACGACUUUGGGUCCAAUGAUGUCCUAUUUCCGAAUGUUUCCUCAAUCCAGCCUGCCCUGCCUGAACCGAACGAGUCGUUGAUUGAACUGUUGAAAUCAGAUGACAUUGAGAAGAUGGAGUUCGAUGAAUUCCCUGAAGUGGAUGCGGAUAUGAAGGCUGACCACAGUCCUGAAGAUUCUACUGAAGAAAAAAGAUCAAGACAGAUGUCGUUGUGUACUACAACCAGUGAAAGUUACGCCGAUUCUGCCAUCAGUGGCAUGUCAUCACCAUGCGGGGAUAUGGAUGAAGAUGUCGAGAGAAAUGAUUCCCCUUAUGACUUUCUCCUGGGUGCAACGGGCGGUAGUUACCAAUCCUCCCCCCGCAGUGGAAAGUCCAGGGAUGAUUUCUACGACAGCGAUGGAAGCUUCAGCGACUACAGCAGCAGUCGUCACGACAGCCAGCUGAACUACUCGAGCUCUUCUAACGAUACCGGUCGCCGCCCGUCCGUUACUAAUAUACGAAACGUAAACCAUAAUCACACAUAUCAUACACAACCAGGGCAGCCACCGAGGGAGGUGAAGCAGUAUGUCAAGAAGGAUAAAGACAAGGUGAAAGAGACAAGAGAUGAGAAACGUAUCAAGAGUCUAAAAUUACCAUUGUCCGUUGACGAGAUUGUUGAGAUGCCUGUCGAUGAUUUGAACCAGUACAUGCAGGAGAAGCCCCUGACUGAGGACCAGUUACAGCUGAUAAAAGAUAUAAGGCGCCGUGGCAAAAAUAAAGUCGCAGCGCAGAAUUGUCGCAAGCGCAAAAUGAACGAGAUUGAUGAAUUGCAGGAGGAGAUCGAUAAGUUUAAGGAGAACGGUGCUCAGCUUCAGGUGGCCCGGCACAGUAUGGAGGACGAGAUGUCGGCCAUGAGACGAAAAUACGACAAUCUUUACGCCGAGGUAUUCAAGUCGUUGAAAGACUCUGACGGCGACCCCUAUAACCCUGAUCUGUACUCACUACAGAUGACGUCGGAUGGUGCUUGGGUUUUAAUGCCAAGGAACACCACCACAACUGUUGAGAGGAGGAGGAGGGAGACUAAAGCUGAACCAAAAAAGAAAACACAUUCAAAGCGAAAGAAAUAAAAACUUUUAUGGGGGGGAAAGUUUCUACUCAUUAAUAGGUGUUUUGGGAUAUGGGUCUUUUCUGCAUACAGUGCUCCACCAGUCAAAUCACUGAGUUAUGCAGCAAAGCAUAUGCCAAUUAUUUUGAGAGUUCUCCAUUUACAGGACUUCUCGCAGACACUUGAGGUCCAUUCAUUGCAGAUUGAGGUGGCCACUCUACACAUCGGCAUUAGUCGUACUUCCACCUAUCAAAUCCCUGUGUCUUUCGCGCUUACACCUAUGAAUUGCCGUGUCUAAAUAGACCCGUGUGUCAAAUCCCCAUGUCUAUUAGCCCCAUCGAGCUCGAUGGGGCUAAUCGGGGGCUAAUUUAGACCCGUGUUCAACACAGGUUUUUUGAUAGGUGGAAUCUGAAUAGACACGGCAAUUGCAAGUUCUAAGAUCCGGCGACAGAUGGCGCGGUGUAGUUGCCUCGGUAUUGUGCCCCCUCCAACGGGAAAGAAACACAGGAGAGCUCCCUACCUACAGCGCACCUGUCGCCGGGGCUAUUAUCUAACACAACUGAUAGGUGUAAGUGCGCCGCGGGUUUUUUGACACACGGCGAAGACACGGGUCUUGAAAAAACACGGGGUUUUAUGAUAGGUGGAACUACGACUAUAAUCAUCGUAGUGGGGUAGAAAUGUACCCCAGCUAGGCCUCUGGUGUUGGAUAAAGUCAAGUUCACAUUUUGAUUUGAGAAUGAGAAUGAGGUGAUUCAUUUCUGUCGUUGACCGCAUCAAAGCAAGUUGAUUUUCUAUUACUAGACUUUUUAGACACACUAUUUCAUUGCAUUUCUGGCAACAGGCAAUGCGAUAACCACCUUCAAUGCCACCUCAUUCUCAGAUCAAAAUCUGAACCUCUAAAGGUAGUCUUGGGGGGGGGGGAGUUAUCAUUAAUACCAGCAAACCCAGCCUACUAAAGAUACAUGUGUUGUUGUAUUUAUUCAUAAAAUCAUGAAAGAGAUAGCUGUUCAAAACUAGCUUUACCAUAUUCAUCAUUCAUUCAAUGAAAACUUUUUUCACUAGCUUCAUAUUCAUGUAAAUAUUUUCAAAAAUUCAUUCCACUACAUGACUUGUAUAUCGACGGUCGCCCAACGUGGGUCUUCUGGAAGAUAACAAGGUCACCGAUAACCAUUCUCAUAAUUCUCUUCAUUCACACGCACGGUAUACACAUAACUGAAUGAGGUAAAGAUGGGAUCGAUGAAGGCCCACUUGAUAAUCAAUGUUAUAUAUUUGUUAUUUUUUGUUACACUAUAUCUGAUUAUACUAAGCGUAAGUUGUUUAAUAUUAUUCCAGCAUUGUAGAAGAUAUUCUAGAUGCCUCUCUUCACUGUAUGUAUUAGAUAUAGAUUUUGUUAAUAAUUCACUGUAAAUUUUAGCAGGCCUACUUUCACCUUGAAGACCCCAUUGCUCUGUUUGGAAGAACCUUGUCACCUGAGGUUGUAUGCCUGUAUUACAAGUAUUCUUCACCUUGUCUCGUAUACUGUUUUAGGGACUUUGACAUGCAAAGUAAAACCUCAAACUCAAGCAUUGGAAUCUAUCGACUGAAUCCAUGGCUUAUAUCAAUAGAGACUGGUAAAUGCUUUGAAACUUCAUGUACAGUUACGCCAGGCCUUUCUGUACAAAAGUAAAGUAAACGCAUGUACUAGUAUGUGUUCAUAUCGCCUAGGUUUAUGUACCAACCAAAGCAGUUAUGGUUGCAACAUCACAACCAUUGUAGGGAAAAAUGGUGCAGUGUUAAAUACAAUAGACAGUAAACAAUACUACAUCAUCACCAAGGCUUUUUAGUUCAGUACACUUACAAUGAUUGCACAGUUGUCCAGCUUUGUGUGACGUCGCUAAUGACUAUGUCAGAAUGCUUUAUUUGUUGUUUAACUAGAUGUGCCUUUAUUGGUAAUGCUUUUUCUACAAAUCGAUUGUAUUGGGAUGCUCACCUAUGUGUUACCAUGCCUGUGGAAAUCAGGGGUUAAUGUUGGCUUCUCCCGCCCUGCACACAAACCCCAGCCGGGAGAUAUUUUCCAUCACUGACUGAAGUAAGAGGUGCUAACAGUCAAGUCUUGUAUGUUGACUUCAGGGUGAUGUACCUGUAUUUCACUCGGCCAAUGUGGGGAUAUGUCUAAGAGAGGUUUGCCUGCAAAGCCAGAGAAGGGAACAUUAACCCCUGAUUUCAGGAUGGUUGUUGCUAGACAUCUAUUUCAGUGAUGAAAAUAUUAACUUAAAUAAGUCUGACUGAGAGGAGGGUGUAAAUAAAAUAUUUUAUAUAAAUGA